UUUAUUAAAUCUAUUAUUCUAAUAGUUUUAUGAAUCCAUACAAUUAUAGUCCGAAAGUUUUUGGAAAAAGAUAUUAAAAAAAACAUUAUUUAAAGGAAAUUUUCAAAUAGAUUGCAUUUAAAAGAAUUAUCAAUUUGUUUUUUAAUGGCAACUAUAAGAAUUCCAGAACAAAAAGUCAUUUUAUGUGGAGAUUACGGAGUUGGAAAAAGUUCAUUGUUUAGAAGAUUUGCGACUAAUACAUUCGUAACAGCCACAGAUAGAAAUUCCACAUUAGGAUUAGAUCAUAUUCAUAAGUUUUAUACUUCAGAGGAUAGGACAAUACGACUUCAAUUAUGGGAUACCGGUGGUAUGGAACGUGUUGCUAGUGUUACAUCGAGCUAUUAUAAAUUUGCAGAAGGAGCUAUUCUUGUAUUUGCUUUAGAUAAUGAGACAUCUUUUCAUUCAUUAUCACAGCAUUUAUUAGAUGUGGUUACAUAUGCUGAAAAUGCAAAAAUAUUUAUUUGUGGAAAUAAAUCUGAUCUGGAACAAAGUAAACCUCAAGUCUCUAAUAGUGAUAUUUUAGAAUUUACUGAACAGUGUCAGAGCAUGAUAAGCUCUAUUUAUAAAACUUCAUGUAAAACUGGUGAAGGUAUCGAGGAAAUGUUUCAAGAUAUUGCAAGCAUUUUAAUUGAAUCUAAUCGCUCCAAAUUAGAUUUACAAGCUCUAGAAGAGCAAAGCUUUAAAAUUGAUUCAUUAGGAGAGGAUGUUAAAGAUCCAACAUGUAUUUGUUAGUAUUUACUUGAAAUAAAAAACAAAAAAAAAAAAGAUUAUUAAUAAUUUUAAGUGGUAAAAAAGAAAGCACCAAACCUAAAAUUAAAUAAAACUAAAAUGUGUAUGUUGCUUUAAAAUUAUUAUUUACUUGUAUUUAA